AUGAAAACCUUAUUCAACUACGCUAAGUGGCUUUCUUGUGAGACAAAUUAUCGCAUUGAUCGUUGUACACCUUUGAAAACCACUGAGCUUCUUUUUGGCUCAGCGGCUUGCGCAGCUGGUUUCGUUGCAUUGGCUUUCUUCUCUGUUUGCCUAAUAUGGAAAAAACGUCGAAAACCUAACCGGGACAGUCUUUUGCGUUUGUCUCGAGCAGUGACACGGGGUAUGAACGGACCAAGCGGUCUCAAAAGUCCACCAUCAGUAUCUUCACCGCUAUCUUCAGAAAGCUCAGCGUCCAGCCCACUGGUUCCAUUUGAGCCUUUGUUUGCAUCGUCACAGACUAUCACCAAGGUUGAUUCUACGCAGCUGGGUAGUAACAGAGGAAGUGUAAAGUUCACUUUGCGUUACAGCGUUCCCGAUUCGUGUUUACAGGUGAAAGUAGAAAACUGUUCUAACCUCCCAGAGCUAGUGAAAACUUCUGAUGGUCAGUGCCUACUUGAUCCAUAUGUGAAGCUGCAACUUCUUCCAGAAAAACAACAUCGAGUGAAAACUCGUGUAGUUCGUGCAUCUCGGAACCCACAAUAUGACGAAACUUUCUCUAUGUACGGUAUAAGCCAGGAACAACUCCGCGUAACGAGUUUGCAGAUUGGAAUCGUGGCAUUUGACAGAUACAGCAGAGAUACGUUACUUGCUGAAGCUGUUUAUUGCCUCGCCGACGCCGAUUUAAUAAGUUGUGAAGAGAAAAGCAUAGAGCUACAGCUGAGUGGAUUUGGCGAAGAUUACAACGAAGAUCGCGGACAGAUACUGAUAUCGCUUUGUUAUCAGCCGACGACAAAUCGGAUUACUGUGGUGCUUUUAAAAGCUCAAAACCUACCGAAAUUUGAUAUCACUGGUUUGGCCGCAAAAAAGAAAAGCCAAGUGAAGAAAAGAACGUUGUCUCCUGUGUACAACGAAUCCUUUGUUUUUGGACUCCCAGACGUGGAAAACCGAAGUUUAGACCUAAUCAAAUUUGAAAUUGUUGUUAUGGACUGGGAUCGAAUAACUAAAAACGAGAAACGCGACACAUGA